AUGACAAACCAACAACCUGAUUUUUUUAUUCCCUCACCAAGAGGAGAAAUUUUACGACGCCCUUUCAAUAGAGCGCGUGGUGACGCUGGAAUUGUGGACGCGGUUGCUCACGCGGCAUAUAAUGAGAAGAAAUGGGUUUGGGUAAAGGACAAAACUGAAGGAUAUAUCUCCGGAUACAUCACAAAUGACUUGAACGAUUCACAAAUUGAAGUUCAGUUAAAUGACGAUACGACUCGAAUUGUUGAUGUUAAUGAGACGGAAAAAAUGAAUCCACCAAAAUUUGAUAAAGUAGAAGAUAUGGCUGAUCUGACACACUUAAAUGAGGCUUCGGUUAUCCAUAAUUUAAGACAACGUUAUUAUUCAAAUCUAAUAUAUACAUAUUCUGGACUUUUCCUUGUGGCAAUCAAUCCGUAUCAUAAAUUACCCAUUUACUCUGAACAAGUUAUAAAUUCAUAUAAACAUAAAAGGCGAUCAGAGAUGUCUCCUCAUAUUUAUGCUAUAUCAGAUGCUGCAUAUAAUGAUAUGUUGCGUCAUCGAGAGAACCAGUCAUUAUUAAUAACAGGUGAAUCAGGAGCUGGUAAAACUGAAAACACCAAAAAAGUGAUACAGUAUAUAACAUCAAUAGCCAGUGAUGUCUCAAAUAAAGAACAAUUUGGACGACUUGAACAACAAAUUCUUCAAGCUAAUCCAAUAUUGGAAGCAUUCGGAAAUGCGCAAACUAUACGAAAUAAUAAUUCAUCUCGUUUCGGCAAAUUUAUUAGAAUUGAAUUUAAUUCAGCUGGUUAUAUCGCUGGCGCAAAUAUCGAGAGAUAUUUAUUGGAAAAAUCUCGUAUUACUCAUCAAACUGAAAAUGAACGAAAUUAUCAUAUAUUUUAUCAAUUAAUGAAAGGUGCUCCUAAUGAAAUUAAAGAGAAAUUUUAUUUGGAUGGUACUUUAAAUGAUUAUAAUUACACAAGAAGUUCAAAAAAAGAUAUCGAUGGAGUUGAUGAUGUGCAAGAAUUCAAUGAACUCGUUAAAGCGAUGAAUAUAGUUGGGCUAGAAAAAGAAGAACAAGAUGAUCUAUUUCGGAUUGUAGCUGCAGUUAUGCAUCUUGGCAAUAUUGUGGUAACGUCAGAUCGUGAUGAACAAGCACAAAUUCAAUCAACUCCUUUGGUGGGAAAAGUUUGUGGUAUUCUUGGAAUUAAAGUCACGGAUUUCCUUAAAGGGUUGUUAACACCAAAAGUCAAGGCAGGUAGAGAAUGGGUUCUACAAGCAAGAAAUAAGCAGCAAGUGCUAUAUUCAAUUGAUGCGUUAGCAAAAGCAUUAUAUGAAAGGAGUUUUCGUGCACUGGUUGAUCGAAUUAAUAGUGCUAUUGAUCAUCCAUCUAAUAAGUCGACUUUUAUUGGUGUAUUGGACAUAGCCGGAUUCGAGAUUUUUAAGACCAAUAGCUUUGAACAGUUAUUAAUCAAUUAUACGAACGAGAAGCUACAACAGUUUUUCAAUCAUCACAUGUUUAUUCUUGAACAAGAAGAAUAUAAAAUGGAAAAUAUUGAUUGGAAAUUUAUUGAUUUUGGUCUUGAUUUACAAUUAACCAUUGAUUUAAUUGAGAAAUCAAAUCCCGUUGGUAUUCUAUCUUGCAUCGAUGAAGAAUGUGUCAUGCCAAAAGCCUCCGAUAAAACAUUCAUUCAGAAACUUGAUCAAAUUUGGCGAGACAAAUCACCCAAAUAUGAAACAAGUCGAUUCCAGCAAGGAUUUAUUCUUCAUCAUUACGCGGGAAAAGUAGAAUAUCGAACUUUGGGAUGGUUGGAUAAAAAUAAAGAUCCUAUUAACGAGAAUGUCGUGAGUUUACUUGCUCACUCCUCGGAGCCUUAUGUAUCUUCACUAUUCACUGAUUAUUUCGUUGCUGGAAAUCAUAAUAUUUUACAGUCGCCAGAAAAUCAUAAACAUUAUAAUGCUAAUAUUAACAAUAAUGGGAAUAUUAAUAAUAGCAAUGGUUAUAAUAAUUAUGACAAUAAUAAUUAUAUAAAUAACAGCAACAAUUAUCAUACUCCAAUUAAACGACGAAACACAAAAAGCGGAAUCUUCAGAACAGUAUCACAACGACACAAAGAGCAAUUGCAUUAUCUCAUGCAACAAUUGCACGCUACUCAACCACAUUUUGUUCGUUGUAUUCUGCCAAACGAAGAGAAAAAAGCUUUUAAAAUUAAUGUACCACUUGUUCUUGCACAGCUGCGUUGUAACGGUGUGUUAGAGGGGAUACGAAUUUGUCGUGCUGGAUUCCCUAAUCGAUUACAAUUCAAAGAAUUUCGUCAACGUUACGAAAUCUUAUUGUCGCGUUUAAUUGAAGAUAAUAAUAAUAAUGUGCCGAUGGAUGAUCAUGAAUUAACAAAGAAAAUGUUAAGUGAAUAUAAUUUUGAUGAAACACAAUUUCGAAUUGGGAAUAGUAAAGUUUUCUUUCGUGCUGGCGUAUUGGCAGAACUUGAAGAAAUAAGAGAUGCAAAGUUAUCUCAGAUAUUUACAGGACUACAAGCGCAUUGUCGUGGAUUAUUAGCGCGUCCAGCUAAAGAAAAAGAACAUUAUGAUGAAAUUGAGCUCGUUAAUGAAAAUUUAAGAAAAGAAGUCGAAGAGUUAAAGGCGAAAUUAGAAUCAGAAGUUAACGCUAAACAUGAAGAAAUGGCAAAUCGCAAUAGAAUAGAAUCUGAAUUUGAAGAAUUACAAAUUAAAUAUGAAACCGAGAUUAUUAAAUCAUCUAAAUAUGCUCAAUCAUUGAACUCGUAUAAGUCGAAAACUGAUGGAACGAUUGCGAAACUUGAAAAUUUUGAACUCGAGCGAUUAAAAGCAGAAAAAAAUGAAGAAUAUCUAAAAGUUCAUAUCAAAGAACUCGAAGCAGCAUUAUCAGAUGCAAUUAAUGAUCGUAAAAGUGCCGAGGAAAAAAUCAAAACUUUGGAGGAGGAAAUAGUUGAAAUGGAGUCUAAAAUGGAUGAUGAAGCGAUGGAAAUGGCUGAUUUAUCACUGAUUAAACGACGCUUACAAGAAGAUAUUGAUGAAGAACGUGAUCGAUACAAAAAAGAUUUAGAGGAACGUGAAUUUGCAUUGGAACAAACCAGAAAGAAAUAUCACAAAGAAUUAACAAGAUUAACUAAUGAAAUUGAAUUGGAAAGAGCGAACUCGAUAAGAUUACAUAAAGAAAAUAAGGACCUAUUAUCGGAAAAUGAAGAAAUUCGAAUUCAAAUCGAAGACAUUUCUUCGUCAAGUUUAGUAAAUUGGAAACGUGAACGAGAAAAAUACGAAGCAAAAAUUACUGAACUCUCACAGCUCUAUAAUGAAACGAAAAUUGGACAGGACGAAUUGCAAAUGCAACUCGAUAACUUAAGAGUAGCACUCGAUGACUCUGAAUCCCAGAAAUUUCUGUUAGAGAAACAGAAAAGAAAUCUAGAGGAACGACUUGAAGAUAUUGACGAACAAUAUCACAGUGAAAAUCAAAAUAAACAAGCAGCUGAGAACAGCAUAAAUGUAUUAGACACAGAAUUAAAUGAAUUACGUCAGCUAUUGGAAGAAUAUCAAGACAAAGAGAUUAUCUUGAAUGAAAAAUUACGAAAAUCAGAAUUAAAUGCUACUGAAGCUCAAACGGAACUGGCCAAAGAAAGAGAAGAUAAUCAAGAUUUAAUAAAAUCAAAGAUUGCGUUAGAAAAACAAAUAAAAGAAUUAAAUAUUAAAAGUUUGGAAUUGGAAACUAAAUCAAUAACUUCUCCCCGCGGAAUAAAACGAUUGGAACAACGUCUCGAGGAAAUAAAUACACAACUGGAGACUGAAACACGAGAAAAGAAUGAAGCUCAUCGUCAACUACGUAAAAAUGAUCGUACUAUUCGAGAACUUCAAUAUCAAUUAUCAGAACGUGAUAAAUCGAAGACUCGAUUAGAAGAGGAAAUUUGUAAAUAUGAGCAAAAAGUCUCGAGAAUGCGACAAGCCAUUGAAGAACUUCAAAAUUCCGAGAGUUCAUUACAAUUGAGUAAACGACGAAUUGAACGAGAAGCAAAUGAAGCUCGAGAAAGAUCGUUAAGCGAAAGUAUUCUUCCAUUCCUUAUAACAAUCCACCCAACAUUUCCUCUCAACACUGCUCAGAUAAUGAAGUCGACAAAUACAAUUACAAAUGAUUCUGAUAUUACUAAGAGGACUAGUAACAAUUCUUUACCAAAUAAUGUCCCGAAUACAAGAUCAACAUCCUCCUUUUCAGAAAAUACAAACAAGCUUGCUGCAUCUCUAAUCUCACCAAAACGAGCCAAACUUCCACCUGUUGAGGUGUUUCGUCGUUUAGUGGCGCUUUCUGAUGGACGAGACAAAACCUUGAAAAUAAUUCAAUAUAGUGCAAAACUUUAUCUUUGGGCCUUUCUUUCCCCAUCUUCUGUGUUACUCAAAUAUCGGAUAUCUACUUCCACCUUCCUAAAACCUCGUCUUUCUGCCUUAACUUCCAAUUUUUCUACCACUCGAAAAAUUCUACGUCUUGCCCAUUUCAUCGAACCGUAUAACGAACUUCGAGAUUAUAUAACUGGCGACUAUAAAUAUCCCGUAGAUAAAAUUGAAAUAUUAAUAUACUAUAUAGGCUUUUUAAAUUCGAUAGUUGGAUUAUUGAAUGAUUUUUUUGACGAUCUUUAUUGUUUAGGUAAAAUUGGGGUAUUAAGUAAAACAAUUGAGAAACGUGCUGAACCAAUUGCUAUUAGAUUUUGGUUUUUCACGAUUUUGCUUGAUGUGAAUGAUUGUUUGUUGAAGGUUUGGUUGCUGAAUGCAAAGAUGAGGAAAGUUAAAGACAGAUGUAAUGAGGAAGAAUGGAAAAAGUUGGAGGAAAAAAAGUAUUGGCUAAAAUAUAAUCUGGUGAAAUUUCUUAUGGAUCUUGGAUUUUGUGGAUAUGACUUCUUUGGACUUGCAUUUUCAGAUGGCUGGCAAGCAAUCACUGGUUUGAUUGCUGGCAUUUUAAGUUUUCACAAACUUUGGAUUCGACUUGAGAGCAGAAAUUCCGCUUAA